CUAUACGAUCUUUGGCGGCGCUAGCUUGUUAGCUGCUAACUCUGAGAGACGCCAUUACUUGGGUAAAACAGACGUCGCAUUAGAUUGAAUAUACAUUUGUGUCAACAUUAGGCUGAAUUAUAUGACGUCGACCUGAAGAUUUCGGUUUCACUCCUUCCGUGUAACGCUAUUCUCGCGUCUACAUUUGAAAUUUUAGCCGUUUUCGCAUUUUAAUUUAGUCGGAAGUCGGAUGUGAGCGACGCAGGACUUCAGUUCUGAAGGAGGUGUCAACGUUAGCAUUAGCACAGUGAAGGCUUGUUUGUGAUUUUGGACAAACGGCGAUAAAAAUUUAGUUUUUAAAAGUUUGAUCUCGCAGCCAUGGCGGCCGGAGGGGCGGGCAGCAACAAGACGUAUUCGUUCAAGGUGGUGCUGCUGGGGGAAGGCUGUGUUGGGAAGACUUCGUUGGUGCUGCGAUACUGCGAAAAUAAAUUCAACGACAAACACAUCACGACUCUACAGGCGUCCUUCCUGACAAAGAAGCUCAACAUCGCAGGAAAGAGAGUGAACCUGGCCAUAUGGGACACGGCAGGUCAGGAGAGAUUCCACGCGUUAGGUCCCAUCUACUACAGAGACUCGAACGGAGCGGUUCUAGUCUACGACAUCACAGACGAAGAUUCCUUCCAGAAGGUGAAAAACUGGGUGAAAGAGUUGAGAAAAAUGUUGGGGAACGAGAUUUGUUUAUGUAUAGUCGGUAAUAAGAUCGAUUUGGACAAAGACAGACACGUGUCUGUGGAUGAGGCUGAGAGAUACGCCGAGUCGGUGGGAGCCAAACACUAUCACACAUCAGCCAAAUUAAACAAAGGCAUCGAGGAGCUGUUCCUGGAUCUGUGUAAAAGGAUGAUGGAGAACGCUCAGGCUGAUGAGAGGUUGAAGGGCAAUGGAUCCAGCCAAUCAGCUUCAAGUUGGCGGGGGGUACAGAUUGUUGAUGACGAUCCACAGGCCACACCUGCUGGAGGCUGCUGCUCCUCUGGCUAACACACACACACACACACACGGUGUGCUCCUCCGUUGUCCCGUCUUCAGACCUGGUCGUUCCACCGAGGUUCACGGCUAAUUUAGAUACGAUUCCAUCCUCGUUUGGUGCCUGAAACGUAUUAUCUAUGACUUUAGUUUCAAGAAACUCUACACCACUCACAUUUUAGCACUUUAUGAACAACAAAAGACGGAGCAUCACUUUAAUUAUGUUCAUAUUUAAAUACUUUAACAGUAUUUAGAAAUAAAAUUCUAAGAAGAAAUUCUCA